AAUAUUCAACAAAUAACAUAAUGAAAGAUACAGAAAUAAAGAAACUCCUCUUUGCCCACAUUUUCUGUGUGGUUUCCAUUAUUCUGUCAACUGUCGUUCCAUCUUUCUUCUUGGAGAACUUCUCAGUUUUGGGAACACACCUUACCUGGUUGUGUAUUUGUUCUGCUUGUGUCACUACUGUAAAUAUAUUUUUAUAUAUAAUAGUAAAACCAAAUCCAUCUUCUAAGAGAAGUUCAUUUGCUCACAAGAUAUCUAGAUUUCUAAAAUGCUGCAUAUACUUCUUCAUGUCCUGCAUCGUGUUUCAUGGAAUUAUUGUCCUUUAUGGAGCACCAUUAAUAGAGUCAGUGCUUGAGACAUUUUUGUUUGCAGUCCUUCUAUCUACAUUUACAACUUUGAACUGCUUGUGUAUGCUAGGACCAAAUAUCCAAGCAUGGAUAAGGGUAUUCAGUAAAAAUGGAGCCAUGUCCAUCUGGGAUAACAGUCUACAAAUUACCACAAUGUGCAGCAUAGUGGGAGCGUGGCUUGGAGCGUUUCCUAUCCCUCUGGAUUGGGAUAGACCUUGGCAGAAUUUUUGCAGUGAAGUAUAAGAGUUUACAAAAUUCUGCUUAGCCUUAACCUAGCAAUAAAACAAAGUAUUUUAUCAAAAACAUACUUAUCUUUACAUGAGAUGGUGAACAGAGGAAAAGAAGGUGGUAGAGAAACAGUAUGUAAGGAAAUAGAGGAAAGGGCAGCAAAUGAAUGUAAAUAUAGUAUACAGAGCCCUAGCACCAGACAAAGCCAUGUGUUCAUCCACCCUCUUCAUGACAUCAUUCGCCACAUCAAUGCAUUGAAUCUUGUGGUCAUCACUAAGAAGUCGGCCUUUCAAUGAGGUGAAAGAUAAUUUUCUCCUGUUGUAGUUAUAAGAGAAGCCAUGGUAUUUGAGAGCUUAUUACACAGUAUUAUCUGCUGGUAAAAUGCUGACUUUUUAAUGAAGACUGCUAUAAAUAGUAAUGUUCUUAAUUACCCUGCAGAAGAUAUAGUUUGUUUCUGAUCUCCUUUCUGAGACUGGCAGGGCUUUGAAGGCUUGCUGCACAACAUGCCCAAAUCUGCACAGUAUUAGGCAGUAGCAGUGACUGGUUCUAAAAGCAGCCCACUCAUGAGCUUGAAAGAAGAAAAUGUGAGGCUUGGGGUAGGGUUAAAAUGAGGAAAGUGGGAGUGUCUAGCAGACAUGUACAAAAUAGCUCUACCGCCAAGGGAGGGAAAUGAUGGAACAGAAUGGUACAGUCAUUAAGGAACUUGUGCUGUAACAAAAAGGUCACAAGUAGGUUGAAGUUAAGUUAAAUAGAUAGAUCCCACUUCCAGCGAAAGAGCGAGCCUCCCAUUCCCCCUUUACACCAACAUGGAUACAAACUAGCCAUCUUGAAAAAUGAAUACCUAGAGACUGAUACAAAAAGAGUGUUCAGUACUGCAGUGCCAUAGUCUGCAGGGCUGAAUGAAGCACCUGAGCUCUUUAUACUGUGUAGGUCAGGUGUAGUCAACCCCUGGCUCAGGGGCAACAUCCAGCCUCUGGUGCCUUGUCAUUUGGCCUUUGAGGGGCCUCACAGAACAUGGCCCCGAGUGCUAGAUCUGGCACACGGGGUAAUGCAAGGCCCAAUCUGGGCACACAGCCUGGUGGAGGUGGUGCAGGGCCCCGGAGCCUGUUCCCAACAUGCAAGGCUGGGUGGAGGUGGUACAGGGCCUGAUCCCAGUGCACAGAGCCUGGCAGAGGUGGCACAAGCCCUGGAGCCUGAUCCCUGCAUAUGAGGUCAGGCAGACGUAGCGCAGGGCCCAAAUCCUGGCAUGUGGGGCUGGGCAGGGGAAGCUUGGUCUGGAUCUGGGUGUGCAGGCCUCAUCCUGGAGCGCAGUGUCCCAGCUGACUUGUAGACCUAUCCCACGCCACUCAGCCUGCGGGGCCAAAAGGUUGAGCGCCAUUGGUGUAGGUGCCUCAGAGUGGGUUCAAAACAGUGAGUAUUUUGAGAGAGGAGACAUGUUGAGGAUCGGAGUGUGUCAUAGAGCCCACCUUUUUCAUAG